AUGGACGCACAAAUCGAGAAUGCUAUUGAGAUAGCAUGGAACCCAACCUCCGACCAGGCUCUCAAGGGCCAAGCCUUCCAGUUCCUCACCGACUUAAGGACUGAUCCACAGGGAUGGCAAGCAUGUGCCUCUUUGUUCACCCGAACACCGAAGCCCUCCGAGGUAGUACGCUUGGUAUGCUUGGAGAUAGUGAAUAAUGCCAUCGUCGUCGACCUGGAUGUAUCACGGCUAGCAAUCCUCAAGGACACCCUGCUCGACUAUAUCAGGCGUAACUACGGCUCCAACGACCAGAGCCAAGUCGACCCGUUCAGCCUGCAAAACAAACUCACGCAAACCUUGACCUUUCUGUUCGCUCGCUUAUACAAGGAGGGAUGGGAAUCAUUCAUAGACGAUUUUCUGGCUCUGACCAGUCUGCCUGGAAGUGGCCAAAAGGAUAAUGCGGUUGGGUGCUUUCUCUACCUCCGUAUUCUCAGCUCGGUGCACGAUGAAAUUGCCGACUUGAUGCUGUCACGGCAGCCUGAGGAAGCCAAACGCAAUACGGACUUGAAAGACCUCAUCAGAGGCCGAGAUAUGGAGAAGAUCGCCCGUUCUUGGCAGGAUAUUCUGGCACAGUAUCAGACACAGAACGAUGCUAUCGUGGAGAUGACGCUGAAGGUCAUUGGCAAGUGGGUUAGCUGGGUUGAUAUUUCUCUUGUCAUUCACCAAGACAUGCUCAAUCUGCUCCUCCCCCUUGUGGGACGCGCCAACACGACAGGAAGCGACGACAAAGUCCGGGAUGCGGCCAUCGAUGCUUUCACCGAGAUUGUGGGCAAGAAAAUGAAGCCCACAGAUAAGAUGGACCUCAUCUCUUUCCUAGAGUUGCACAAUAUUGUCUCCCAGCUCAUUGCAAGCCCACCUCUGAAUGAGUUCAAGGGCACGCCGAAGUAUGAUACGGAUCUGGCCGAGGCGGUUGCGAAGCUAGUGAACACUGUGGUCACCGAUAUUGUGAAAGCUCUUGAUUUGUGGGAUCGUAGCUCCCCGUCUAGAGCUGAUCAGCAUCUCCACGACUUCGUGCCAUUGCUUUUGCACUUCUUUUCGGACGAGUACGACGAAGUCUGCUCAACGGUCAUACCAUCUUUGACAGAUAUCCUCACUUACUUCCGGAGAAGCCCAAUGACUCCUCAGUACUCUGAGAUGCUCCCGCCGAUCCUGAAUGCCAUCAUCAUGAAGAUGAGAUACGACGAAACAUCAUCGUGGGGCAAUGAAGAUGAGCAAACAGACGAGGCCGAAUUUCUGGAGCUCCGGAAACGGUUACAAAAUCUUCAAAAGAGUGUUGCUGCUGUUGAUCAAAAUCUUUACAUGGAGAUUUUGAGCAACGUUGUGGCCAAUACGUUCCAGACACUCGACCAGCGAGGUUCUCAGAUGGACUGGAGGGACCUGGACCUGGCUCUACACGAAAUGUAUCUGUUCGGAGAACUUGCUCUUCCCAACCAGGGAUUGACGACGAAGAGCCAACCAUCCACAGAGGCUUCAGAAAGACUGUUGGCGAUCAUGAGCAAGAUGGUCGAAUCAGGCAUCGCCGAAUUCCCUCAUCCAGCUAUUCUACUCCAAUAUAUGGAGAUCUGUGUUCGAUAUUGUGCAUUCUUCGAGAGCCGUCAGGAGUAUAUUCCUCGAGUUCUAGAAAAUUUCGUCCGUUUAGUACAUCACGAACACCUCCGCGUUCGUAUGCGCUCGUGGUAUUUAUUCCAUCGCUUCGUCAAACACCUUCGAGCACAGGUAGGCAAUGUUGCCGAGACAGUUAUUCAGUCUAUUGGUGAUCUUCUUCCGAUCAAAGCAGAAGUUCCUGGUGACGAAGCCGACGAUGACAUGUCUUCAGAUGAGACAGAUCAUUCAGCCGAUGCUUUGUUCACGAAUCAGCUUUAUCUGUUUGAGGCCAUCGGUUGCAUUUCCUCCACCACCGGUACCCCUGUGGAAAAACAGGCUCUUUAUGUUCGAUCAGUUAUGGAUCCAUUAUUCUCAGAUAUGGAACGAAACCUGGCGAGAGCAAAGUCUGGCGACAACCAAGCAAUUUUGCAGAUCCAUCAUAUUGUCAUGGCUCUCGGCACUCUGGCACAUGGGUUCGCUGACUGGAACCAAGGUAUCAAUACACAGAGAGCGCCACCUGAUAAGUCAGUAUCAGAUGAGUUCGGCCGGGCUGCUGAAGCUAUUCUCAUCGCUCUCAAGGAGCUCAAUUCGAACAGUGAGAUUCGCAAUGCCUGCCGUUCAGCUCUCUCUCGCCUGUUGGGCGUUUUAGGUGCCACCGUUCUACCACAACUACCACAGUGGAUCGAAGGUUUACUCUCCCAAAGUUCGUCCAAUGACGAGAUGGCCAUGUUUCUGCGUCUGCUGGAACAGAUCGUCUAUGGUUUCAAAGGAGAGAUUUACGAAAUCCUGAAUCUCUUGCUCACACCACUUCUUCAGCGCAUCUUCACUGGUCUCUCGCAGCCAAUCACGGGUACAGAUGAUGACAUACAGCUUGCGGAGCUGAGGCGAGAAUACCUCCAGUUUGUCCAAAUCAUCAUCAACAACGACCUUGGAGGCGUGCUUGUCAGUGAGACGAAUCAAGGCUUUUUCGAAACGCUCAUUUCGUCCAUCAUCAGUCUGGCUCGAGGUAUCACCCAUGUGUGCUGGGAGGUCUUGCAGGAUCAGCAGUUCAAGCCAGCGGAUGCACAGACCAGACAGGUCAUGACUGAGAUUGCGAAUCUCGAACAAACCAUCUACAUGAAGACGGGCGAGGUCUUCAUCCAGAACCUUCAAUCAUCUCUGUUCCCUAGCCUCGGCAUUGAUGGAAGCGAAUUCCUUCAACGCCUUACUUCUGAUAAAAAGGGAUUCCUGAACUACCUCCAAAAGCUCGUGCAGGAACGCGGUAGAUAG